AUGCCUUUGGCAAAAGUACUAUCACAAGUCACGGUGCAAGAUGCGACUCAACAGCGUCAAAAACGUGCUCUUAUAUUUCCACGGGGGAACCCAACACGUCACCAGCUGGUGGCCGGGUUCGGUAUUCCGGUGGAUAUCGUACUUGAAUCCGUCACCGCCGGAUACGUCUUCAAGGCGGUUUACUUUCUACCCUGGAACUCAUCGCAUUGGAUUCCGCAAUUCCUCAGGCGGGACGAAGAUCUACUGUUCGAACCGCCGGAGCAAGUACAAAGCAGGAACUUUGUGGACAUGGAACCGGGAGAGCAGUACCGAUCGGAGGAUGGGAAUGGCGUUGAUGACGCUGGCUGGGCAGGGAGGACCCGCUGGGAGAUCUACCGGAUGCUGGAGACGAUGGCUGACCAGAAAGGCUACAACGGCCGCAGCUGCCUGCUGCGGACGAUCUGCGAAGCAGCGGAGGUGAAAUUUUCCCACUCGAGUGGAAUCAUCGGCGAACUGUUGCACAUUCUGUUGACCCCGUCGACGACCCAGGAGGCAACCACCCACCACCACGAUGAAGAGUACAGACGAGCGGAGCUGGUGGCCAGCCGGAGCAGCCCCCGGACCAGGUUGGGCGGAUCGGUCUGUUCGGAUAUGUACGCCGAGUGCCCGUUUUCGUUGUUGGAUCUUUUCUCAGGGACAUUGUGAGGAUUUUCAAUGG